AGAGGGAUCAAUUUCCAGAAUCUAAUUGGCUGCUGCAGCUGCCCGAGGGGAUAGCCUUAACCCACCUCCUGCCCCUGUGCCUCGGCAAAAUCGCACCCAUCGCUUCUUUCUGUGCGGUACCACGAAGGCGUAGCCAUGCUCAUGGUCUGUACUGGUUCGAUAAAAGCCCAGAUCUAGAUAUGUCGACGCAAGAGUCACGAGAUCGCUUUGCCAAGGUCUGGGGAUACCACAUUACGGCUAUGAACCCACAGAGAGGCCAGGGUGCUGAUGAGAGUAAACCCCUAUCUGUUAACCCUCUCGAAACCAACGUCACGUGGGAGUGGCUUAUUCGAAUUGUCAACCGCUGUCAACGCCACCACUGCUCUACAGCAUAUUGUCUUCAGCUAACAAAGAAAGAUGCUGAACAAGCUCGAAAGGCCGGCGAGAGAGGCGGCCAGCCAGCUAGCCAGCCAGUUGAAGAACGUUUCUCUCCACAGCUGACAUGCCGCUUUCAGUGUCCCUGGGCAGAACAGGCGAAGGCAAGGGUUAUUAGGAAGCUGGGGAAGAAGUGGUGGCUGUUUGAGGCUCAGCGGAACGAUACGUAUAUGAACCAGUACAACCCACUUAUCUCGCUUUGCUGGCUUGCCAACACCAACUGCCCGCCUUGCACUGGUGUACAAGCUGUUGUCAACUAUGCUGCAGAGUAGUGUAGCAAGUCAGAGACCCAGACUAAUACAUAUGCGCAGAUUGCGCUUAGUAUAAUGCCUUACGUUUCUGACAGGAACUCAAAGCUGUCGUUCGUAUCCAAGCUGAUGAAUAAGCUAAUAGGGGAGAGGGAUUACUCAGCCCAGGAGAUCAGCUAUAUCUUACUCGGCCUCUCUCUCUAAGACGAUAGCCGAGUGGUACAAAGCGUUGAUUGCCGGCCUCGAGAGCAGCAUGCUCGGCCU